ACACUACUAUUCGACUUUAAUUUCCAUUUGUUUCAUGCCCUUCUUGAAAUGGCCGCCAAGAAGCUGUGCGAGUCAUUCUCCAAGAGCCUGUUGGAUGAAGUUCAUCGAUGCGGGUGCAUGAAGCAGACCGGGGUGAGUCUCCGGUACAUGAUGGAAUUUGGGUCCAAGCCCACUCUCAGAAAUCUUUUGAUUUCAGCUCAGUUUCUUCACAAAGAGCUCCCUAUCAGGAUUGCUCGCAGAGCUAUUGAGCUUCAGAAACUACCCUAUGGUUUAUCUGAUAAGCCUGCUGUUCUUAAGGUGCGCGAUUGGUAUUUGGAUUCAUUUCGUGACCUUAAAUCCUUCCCUGACAUCAAGGACAAUAAUGAUGAGUUAGAAUUCACAAAAAUGAUUAAGAUGAUCAAGGUGAGACACAAUAAUGUUGUGCCCACAAUGGCCUUGGGAGUCCAACAAUUGAAGAAAGCUCUGCAUCCAAAGGUUCAUAAUGACGGUCUAGAAGAAAUUCACCAGUUUCUGGAUCGCUUCUACAUGUCUAGGAUUGGAAUACGUAUGCUUAUAGGGCAACAUGUGGAAUUACACAAUCCCAAUCCUCCUCCAGAUGUUGUAGGCUACAUACAUACUAAAAUGUCUCCUCUGGAGGUAGCAAGAAGUGCCAGUGAGGAUGCUCGUGGCAUUUGUCUGCGUGAAUAUGGCAGUGCACCUGAUGUUAAUAUCUACGGGGAUUCUAAUUUUACUUUCCCGUAUGUUCCAAAUCACUUGCAUAUGAUGGUUUUUGAGUUGGUUAAGAACUCAUUGCGAGCUGUCCAAGAGAGGUUUAUGGACUUGGAUAAAAUUGCACCUCCUGUUCGAAUUAUAGUGGCUGACGGGUUAGAAGAUGUUACCAUCAAGAUUUCUGAUGAAGGUGGCGGCAUAGCAAGAAGUGGUCUGCCUAAAAUUUUUACAUAUCUCUACAGCACUGCAAAAAACCCAUUGUGUGAGCAGCCAGAUCUCGAAACAGCUAAUGUGGCGACAAUGGCUGGGUAUGGAUACGGGCUCCCGAUUAGCCGUUUGUAUGCUCGGUAUUUUGGAGGGGAUCUGCAAAUUAUCUCUAUGGAAGGAUAUGGGACUGAUGCUUAUCUUCAUUUGUCUCGCUUGGGAGAUUCACAAGAGCCCCUGCCAUGAUACCUCCAUUCUCAAUCAAGAUUCAACAAGCUAGCAAUACUUUCACAGUACAAUGCACAUGUAAAUACUCCGAACAUAUAAAAUUGCAGCAUAUCUUCAAAUAUAUACUUGAUGUAAAUAUGCAAAGCUUUACUUUGUAUAAAAGUUCAUAUGUGCGUCUUGUAUAUGGCUAUAUGAUCCUUUACCAUUGUUAGACACUCACAACAUGAUUGUAGAGCUGAAGUGUUAUUUCCCGAUUUUUCUGGUAUCCCAUCUGAUGAUGCAGUACAAUUUGAAACUCUUCCUGGGUUGAGUAA